GGGGCACCUCAGGUUGGGGUCUGGUGGGAAGGAGCCACGGCAGGAGCGAGACCAUGCUCAUGGCGCGGGACGGCGCGCGAGACGAGGCCCAGAAGCUGCACCGCAAGUGGAUGAAGCACCAGGCCUUCAUGGCUGAGCUGGCGCGCAACAAAGAGUGGCUGGCCAAGAUCGAGCAGGAGGGUAAGGAGCUGAUCCAGGAGCAGCCGGAGCUGCAGUCGGUGGUGCUGCAGAAGCUGGAGGAGAUGCGCGAGUGCUGGACCCACCUGGAGAGCACCACCAAGGCCAAGGCCCGGCAGCUCUUCGAGACGCAGAACCACCGGACCCUCAGCAACGACCCGCCCGCCAAGACCCUGACGGACCUGGACCAGCAGCUGUCCCUGUUGCAGGAGCAGCCCCCGGCGGUGCCCAGGCCCACCUUCAGCCAGCAGCUCCAGAGGAUACAGACCAUGGAGUCGCAGUUGUACCGCGGAGUGGGCAUGUCCCAGCUGGGCGGCAGCAUGUCGGACGUGGGCGCGGGCGAGCUGCAGGCGGGCCUGCUGAGGAUGGUGGGGGUGGGGGAGGGGGAGGAGCGGCCGGCCGAGACGCGCAUCUGCCGCCUCAUCGAGCCGCUCAAGGAGAGGCGCCGCAUCCUGCUGGCCUCCAAGGAGCUGCACCAAGUCAGCCAGGACCUGGAGGACGAGAUUGUGUGGAUCCAGGAGAGGCUCCCUCUGGCAUCCUCCAAGGAAUACGGAAACAACCUGCAGAGUGUGCAACAGCUGAUGAAGACAAAUGAGGUGCUGCAGAUGGACCUGCAGAGCCGGAGAGACCGAUUGGAGGAGGUGUUGGAGAGGGCGGGAGCAGUGGCGGCACUGCGCACGCCGGAGGCGGACAUGGUGCGGGAAGGGGCGGAGCAUGCACGGCAGCUGUGGGAGGUGCUUCUGGUGGAGGCGGAGCGUCGCACGGUGAUGCUGGACGCCGUGUUCCAUGCCCAGCAGUACUACACGCAGGCAGCCAAGGCCGAGUCCUGGCUCAGCGGUCAGAAGCUCCAGGUCAUCAACGAGGAGAGAGGCACGGAUGAGCCAAGUACCCUGAGGCUCCUGAAGGAGCAGCUCGCUCUGGAGCAGACGGUGGAGAACUACGCAGAGACCGUCAGCUUCCUGUCUCAGCAGUGCCGCAGGAUGCUGGAGCUCGGACACCCAGACAGUGAGCAUAUCACCAAGCAGCAGUCCCACAUAGACCGCCUGUACGUGUCGCUGAAGGACCUGGUGGAGCAGCGCAAGACCAAGCUGGAGCAGCAGUACUGGCUGUACCAGCUGAAGCGUGAGGUGGAGGGCCUGGAGAAGUGGAUAGCCCAGCGCGAGGCGGUGGCCAGCUCCACGGAGAUGGGACAGGACCUGGAGCAUGUCACGGUCCUGCAGGAGAAGUUCACCAAGUUCACGACGGAGACUCGCGCGGCCGGCCAGCGGCAGAUGGAGUCGGUCAACAAGAUGGUGAACGAGAUGAUCGACUGCGGCCACGUGGACGCCGCCACCAUCGCCGAGUGGAAGGACGGCCUGAACGAGUCGUGGGCCGACCUGCAGGAGCUGAUGGAGACGCGGAGCCAGAUGCUGGCCGCCUCGCACCAGCUGCACAAGUUCUUCACCGACUGCCAGGAGGUGUUGGUUCAGGUCGAGGGCAAGAUGCGCCAGCUCCCCGAGGUGCGCUCGUGUCAGGUGAGCACGGCCAACCCUGGCACGCUGCAGAGGCUGCUGCACUCGUUUGAGCAUGCGCUCCAGCUCCUCGUCACCCAGGUGCGGCAGCUGCAGGAGAAUGCGGCCCAGUUGAGGGCCAUUUACGCUGGGGAGAAGGCCGACGCCAUCCUGGCCCGUGAGCAGGAAGUGAUGCAAGCCUGGAGGGAGCUGCUGGUGUCCUGCGAGGGCAGCCGUGUGCAGGUCACCACGGUAACGGACAAGGUGCAGUUCUUUGCCCUGGUGCGAGAGCUGAGCAUGUGGACAGAUGGCAUUAUGGGCCAGAUUGGACCCCAUCCGGACAGUGCUAGGGACGUGUCAGGUGUAGAGACGAUGAUGGCCCAGCAUCAGAACCUGAAGGCUAAGAUGGAGGCCAAGAGCAAAGUGUUCACCCAGUGUGUGGAGAUGGGAAAGAUGCUCCUGGCAGCCCGCAACCCUGCAUCUGAGGAGGUAAAGGAGAAGCUGGACCAUGUGAUGGCCAAGCAGAAAGACCUGAAUGAUCGAUGGGACCUGCACUGGGAGAAACUGCAGCACACGCAACAGAGACUCCAGGACGCCCAGAGGAUUCUGGCCGAGAAGGCGUGGCUAACCUCCAAAGAGCCAAUGAUCAGCCCCGCCAGCCCGCGUGAAAUGAUGGGCGGGGCAGGAGGAGCCGACGAGGUGGAGGCGCUGAUUCGUCGGCACGAGGCAUUCCGGAAAGCUGCGGCCACAUGGAAGGAACAUUUCAGCUCUUUGCGACAGGUGGAGAAGCUGAAGGAGGAGAAGAGCAGGCAUACCUCCUCUUCAUCGCUGCUCAACAGGCAGAUGUUUCCUCUCUCCUGCCUGGUCGGGAGCUCGUCCUCCUCGUCGUCCUCCUCCACGCCCUUCAGGCAGAGUCUCCAGGACCAGCUGGACAUCAAGUCUGGCCCGGACGUGCCACAGCUGGCGGCCCACUCUCUCGCCCAGAGACUGGGCACCCUGGCGUCCUACAGCCCCGUCAUGAACGGCUCGUCCUACCACGGCCUCAACCCGCAAGCCGGGGUCGGCGUGUCGGACAAUCCGGGCUACCACGUGCUGGCCCAGCAGGCCGGGCAGCUCGGAGUGGACAGCUCCAGUUACCACGGGCUGAACCAACAGGGUAUGAUGGGGGUGGACAGCUCCAGCUACCAGGGGCUGAACAAUCCGGGCAUGGCGGGUGCCGCCGCUGGCAUGAUGCCCGAGCCGAAGAUGGCGUACGCGUGGCAGCACCUGAAGACCGACUGCAUGCAGCCCAAGCUGAACCACAUCCACAAGGCCGUGCCCGCGCUCCUCGAGGCCCACCAUGCCCAGCAGCAGCAGCAGCAGCAGCAGGGCCACCCCAUGGGCGAGAUCCACCCGGGCAUCGGCAUCGACGGCCUGGAGCUGCUGCACGGCCGGCUCCAGAGGGACCCCCGCGGCAGCCGCUCCGACCCCCAGAUGGACCACCUGCGACGGGAGCGCGAGUACAGGCUGGGCCGGCAGACCUCCAGCGAGCAGGAGAUCCAGGCGCGCCUCAACGAGCUGCCCAUGAUCGUACGGCAGGAGCGCUACCGCCGGCGGCUCGAGCGGCAAUCGUCCAGCGAGCAGGAGCAGGCCAGUGGCCAGGCCAGUGGCCAGGCCAGCGGCAAGCCCAGCGACCAGGAGUCUGCCACCUCGGACAAGAGGCCUGGGGAGAAACGCUCCACAAUGGCUGAGAUCGUUGAGCAGGUUCAAGAAAGAGAGGCAGCACAAGCCCGAGGGGAAGUGUACCGGCCCCCCAGUGUCCUCUCGGCGCCGUGUGGCCGUCUGGACCGCCCGCGGGCGAGGGACCGGCCCAAACCCCGGAGGAGGCCGAGGCCCAAAGAGCCAGAGGAGACGACCCGCCGCUCGCGAUCGGCGCCCGCCCAGAGUGCCCUCGCCGUGCCAGCCGUCCCCAGCCACACCGUCCAGGUGGAGGGCUUCCUGUACCGCAAGCACGAGCCCGAGGGCAAGGAGAAGAGUCCCAACAGCAAGUCCUGGGUGAACCUCUACUGUGUGCUCGCCAAGGGAGAGAUCGGUUUCUACAAGGACGCCCGACACACCACCACGCCAUACAACGACGAGCCACUACUCAGCCUCAGCACCUGCACCUGUGACAGUACGAACGGAUACAAGAAGAAGAAAAACGCUUUCAUCCUGAAAGUCCCAAAUUCAGAUGACUAUAUUUUCCUGGCCAAGGAUGAGGACGAGUUCAAGAAGUGGGUGUCCAGCAUCAACGCCUCCCUCCAGGAGCACGAGGACAUCGUCAAGUGGGAGAAGCCCACCACCUCGUCCACAGACCCGGACAAGUCGGAGCAGCAGAACGCGCGCUCGGAAGGAGCCGACCGGUCCGAGGGAGCCGACCGCUCGGAGAGAGCCGAUGGCUCGGAGAGAGCCGACGGCUCGGAAAAGGCCGACGGCUCGGAAAAAGUCGACACGUCGGAGAGGCUGGAGGGCCGGGACCCGGGCUCGAGCACUUCUGGCCGGAGCAAAUGAUACAUAGUCACUACGUGUGAGAGGUUAUCCAUCUACCAGUCAGUCAAUCUAUCUAUCAAUCGAUCUAUCUAGCUAUCUUAUCUGUCUAUCUAUCUAUCUAUUUAUUUAUUUAUUUAUCUCUCCAUCCAUCGGUUUCACCCACCCAGCAAGUUUAUUUAUCUGAGCAGAGGUGAAAAGAGGAAGGUUUUUAUUUUUUCAAAAGUUUAUCCCUCUUUUUUCAGUCUCUCUUGCUUUUUUCUCUUUCACACAACUCUUCCCCCCCUCUCUGUCUACCCACAUUACUUUGCUCUCUCUCUGUUUGAGUUUUUCUGCCCGGGUGUGGGUGUGUACUGUAAUGUGCGUGUGUCCACAUCAUAAUAAGCUAACUAUGGGUAUACAUCACUCUAUAUUACCACACAGUAUUUCUAGGUAUGCUCUCCUGAAGACUAUUCAAGCCUUUGGGAGAUGGUGAAGUACCCCCAAAAUGCAGGAGAAAAAAAAAACACAAAACAAUUUAUUUUGUUGUUUUCUGGAGCAGUGUAUACACAUGUGUUGCUUUGAAUAGUUAUCAUUUCUGUGAUGUGGUGUGUAAAAUCUACAGUUCUUCCAAGUUUUUUUUUUAUUCUGUCAGUGUACUUUGAUUUAGCAAAUUUGCAUCUUCCAGUGAUACUGAAGCCACUAACAAAAGCGCACAUCCACACACACACAGACACAGACACAGACACACACACAUACUGUACACAUACAUACACACACACACACACACACACA